GAGGAGAUCGAUGAUUUAUUUUCGAUACCGGAUAGACGACGACUGUUUAUUGGUAUUAUAGUUGGUGUGUGUGUACUUGUCGGAGGGUUGAUAUUAGUCUUGAUAGUGGAGGUAAUUAUUGAGGCCUCAAAUGAUACCGAACCUCAGCCAAGAAAUACUGUAUUUGCACCACAAAUCAAACCAUAGUACACUAAAAGAUUCCACUACUUUGAGGUGCCGAUAAGAGGUAACAUCCGGGAUACUAAGCAUGGACAAUACGCAGACGACACCACCUAUAGUGAUGACGACAACAGCUCCGUCAAUCGUACUCGAAAAGCCAAAAACUCACAUGGGGACAGCAAAAAAUGAGCACAACAUUCGGAAAUCGCAACGAGUUUCAUUUGCUGAAAAAAGAUUGUCAAUGGAGGACAACGAUGAUAUUUUCUCAAUUCCCGAUAAACGACAAAUAUUUGUUGUGAUAAUUGUUGGUGUAUGUGUACUCGUAGGAGGGUUGAUAUUAACGUUAAUUGUAGAGGUGAUUAUAGAGGCCACGAAUGAUACGGAAACUCAGCCAAGAAAUACUAUGUUUACAACACAAAUUAAACCUUGACAUACGAAGGAACACAUCUUAUUUUACUUUUCACCACGAGUGUACAAUUUGGCUUCAACCCCGACACAAAUCAGAAUACGAUUUACUGAUGAUUUGUAAGCCAUGCUGUACAUAACUAGAUUGCAAAACGAGUAUAUUAUACAUAAGAUCAUUGAAACUGAAGUUCAUUGUAUUCGGCUAUAUUCGGAUACGAUCACGUAAGUUAUAUUCUAUUGACUGUGGCAGAAGAGAACGUGUUUAAUUCGUGGAAAAGAAUUAGCAUCAGUAAUAAGGUGUACUAUUUGGAGUAUGUAUUUUACUCGGUACACCUAAGAGACUUAAAGAGUAAAACAAGAGGAAAUGAAAUGCACAUGUAUGUACCUAUUGCAUGUGCACUAUGAGUUUUAACAGUCAAACGAGCAUGAAUGAAAAUGCAUCUU